AUGGUAUUUAUCAGGGUCGUUAGUUCAAGACGGCAAGGUGCGAUUGCAGCAGUGUGGACGGCUAUUCUAACAAGUUUCGAAGCAGGGGAGUUCGUGCUGUCAAGUACAGCCAAUUGUCAGACGUUACAAUUUGAUGUGAAGCGAGAGGGAAGCGAUUUUGAGCCGUUCAGGAUCGAAGUAGCGACACCGUUCCGUAAGGUACCUAACCGCUUCAAUUUGUUGAGAGACGGCGUAGCAAUGAGACUAAUCUGGAGAUCGAAAUCUUAUUCCGAGCAUGUGGUAUCUUUCGGGAGGUGUGUACUCAUGUUGGCACAGAGACAGAUGCUUAGAGUUCUGAAUAAGACGGAUGUGGAUUCUCUCACAGCAACAGAGUUUGCCAUCAUAGACACUGGUAUUGAGCGAUUGUCCAAAGUCCUCUUUUCACAAUGCGGUCCUUUUUCACAACAAAUGGCAACGGACGCUCAGAAAUUCUGGACGGAUCCACAGGAGGAUACCUUUCAAACCGGUCGGUGGGAUGCUGUCCAAAUUGCACCGCUUCGCAUUAAUUCCUGGUCCGACUUGGAACCCGUUCAACGAGGACACCCUUUGUGGACACCAGACCCUGCCAUCCUCAUCGGCCGUGGCCUUGCCGUGGCAACACUGAUCUCCGACGCAACAAUCCUCGUCGGCAACUGGCUCACAAACAAAUAUCUGGACAUGGGAUUGUAA